AUUCGGAUGUAGGCACGAUUUCCCCGGUUGUCUAAGAUAUAUAACCCCUUUUGUGUGGGUUUGUGACAUGUCUCUGAUGAGUACUUUUUCAAAUACGUUUUCACAGACCAAAGCCUUCACCACAGUUGCCUCACCUCCAGGCUCCCUAACCCUGCACUCUGAAUCCCUGCUGUCACCAUGCAAGCCCGUAGGGUCACCGUUCACCGCAUCAGCAAGACCAUCACCUUGUACCUGAAUGACACAGCCUCACCUAAACCCUCCCCUGGCCCUCUGUCUGCCCUGAACGAUGCAGCCAGUACCUCUCCAUCCCUAGCCCUUACCUCUGCCCCAACCAAGCCCCUGCUGCUGAUGCUGCCCUGGUUGGGGUCGCGACCUCAGGCUGUGGCCAAGUACUGUGAGAUCUACUUCCGUACAGGCUUUGACGUGCUCAUAGUGGAGAGUGCGGUGAGUCAGUUCCUGUGGCCUCGCUGGGGCCUGGACUACGGGGCGAGGGUACUAGAUCUCCUGCAGAGUGACCUCUUUGUGUCACGCCCCCUGCUCGUGCACGCCUUCUCCAUAGGAGGGUACACCUUCACCCAGCUGUUGGUGCAUGUGUCCCGCGACACACAGAAGUACUGUGGCUUCACUCAGAGGAUCAGAGGCCACAUCUAUGACAGCCUUGUGUUGGGCUCACUGGAGAGGAUGGCUACAGGUCUAGGUAAGAGCCUGUUCCCCUGGCUGGAGAGCCAGGUGAAAUGGGCCAGUAUGCUCUACUUCAGAGCCUUCAAACACCACACAGUCGACUAUUUCAACAACGGCAUUGAUGUCUUCUUGAAUAACCCUGUCACCGCACCCGCCCUCGUCUUCUUCUGCCAGAACGACGCACUGUGCGACCCGGAGGGCAUGGAGGAGAUCAUCGCCUACUGGAGAAAACGAGGGAUGGCGGUGACAGACAGGAAGUGGGAGGAGUCAACACAUGCAGGUCACCUGAGACGACACCCCCAGGAGUACCUGUCUACCUUGGAGUCCUUCCUAAAGACUCUUGGUAUGGUCCCUCUCAAGGCCAAGAUGUGACCCUAGGCAGGACCCACACAGCUGUGGUCCGGCCCAGAAACAAUCCCUAACCCUAUCCACUACCCCUUAGGCCCUCAGCACGGACCCAAGCAAGGCCAAGUGACAACAGGGCACAGCUGUGGUCCAGUCCAGAAAUAGCCUCUAGCCACUACCCCCUAAGCACUCAGGACCCCCUGAAGACCAGGAUGUGACUGCAGGAUGUGACAGUUUGCACUUCACUUACCUACAAGUUCCACGUUUGAGUACUCUAGGUAUAGUGGGGACUUAUUGUAUACAGUUUUACAGUUUUACAUUCUUGAAAAACAUUAAAUUAACUCUUGUUUAGUA